UAGUCAUAAAACCACGGUUAUCGUGCGCGAUCUACGCUGUCCACGUUGCACUUGCUUCGUACACAUUAGCGCACGAUGUUUUACAAAUUGAAAAACCACAAAAUGUAACACUGCACAAAUACACCAACCACCGUUUUCCGCGUUGCUCCGCUGGAAAUAAAUUUACAUUUAGGAAACGAAAGCUGACAAUACAUACAUACUUUCGGUAUGGUCAAGGUGGAACGAACACGGACACAGUCAGUGACACGAAACCCUCGAGUUCAGUAGAAACCAUUGCAUAGCCAAAUUCAACUAUAUUAAGGAUAUAUUAAGGAUGUGCAUGGCGGACCUGAAAACGGACAAGACUCAAACAGUAGGUCCGAAAACGAACCCUGACUUUCAAGGCUGGUACUAAUUUAGGGCCCGAUUAGACGAUUGUAAAGUUAACCUUAUGUAUACCUAAACUUUUAAAGCGAAUGAUUUAUUAGAGGAAGAAACACACUUUAAAAAAUUACAAUAUUUUGAGAUCAUCCGAAAUGUAACGUUUUUACAAGACCAUCUUUAGAGACAUUGGGGACUGUUAUUAAUGGUGCAGCUCAGAAUCGAUUUUUGAUUUAUUCUAGAGAAACCAGGCUUUGACCCCGCGUACGAUUCCUUGGAUAACGAAAUGACAUACGCCAUAAGUCCGGCUGGUCCGGCAGACAGCCCCUAUUUUCCCUUUGGGGCGAGACCAGGGAACUAGUUAUCGCCCGCGAAGCCCAAGGCCGGGUUCAGGCCGACGAAGGAAGAACGGCCGCAGACGGGAAACUCUAUAGAGAACAACCAGUGGUAUGGUUCGCACGAAUUCAAUAAGUAUCCCAGCUGCACCUCGCCCAAUCUUUACCACAGGCUACUACGUUGGUACCCAACGUAUGGCACCUCGACGACGUACCAGGUCUACGAUGUGUACGGUAUUAUACGGUCAAAGCUUGCCACCCAUGUCCUCCCUAAAGCCAAACGAUACUGCCGUCGCCGCCAUCUCGAGAACGAACAAUUCGGCGUUCAGACCCAUAAAUCAUACAGACAGCAUUAAUAAUAAGGUAUCAGGGACCAUUUAUCCAAUCGCAGAACAAGCUAGUACCAGUACAAUUUAUUAUGGGUAUACGACGACGUGUUUUCCGGGCACGGUCAAGGUGGAGCGGGCAAUAUAUAACACGAAAAAACGCGAAGAGCCUCCAGACAGUGGCACGAUACCCUCGAGUUCAGUAAAGACAAUUGUACAGCCAAAUUCAAUUAGCGGACUUCCACCGAUGACGAUAAGAGGUCGAGAAGAUAUAUUAAGGAUGUGCAAGGCGCACCUAAAAACGGACAAGGUCCGAGAACGAAACCUGAAUUCCAAGCCAGCUUGCCUGAAAGGACGGGAAGAGGAAAAGACAGAAGAUGGCACUGAUUUAGGACCCGAUUUAAUUGACUGGACGAUUGUAAAGCUUACCUUGACAUGUAUCAACAUUUUAAGCGGAUAA